GCGUCUUCUUCCCCAGCACAAAACAGACUAAUACUCAGAAUUCUCCUUUUGCAGCGGUUCAUGAACUCUCGUCACUGGUUGAAAUUGAAGGUUCCCACAAUAACACGAAGUGAAUCGUGGAAUUGAGUAAUGGAAGGGAAUGUGAAAAGCGAGCAAAUCGUGGACGUAGGAUCGGUUGUGGAAGCCGUUUCAGCUGAUGACGGUGACGCUCCUCUCUACAGCCUCGAAAGUCUUUGCAUGCGCUGUGGUGAAAACGGGAUCACAAGAUUUUUAUUGACUUUAAUUCCUCACUUCAGAAAGAUUUUGUUAUCAGCUUUCGAAUGUCCACACUGUGGUGAGAGGAACAAUGAAGUACAGUUUGCUGGUGAAAUUCAACCACGUGGUUGUCGUUACACUUUGGCAAUCCCAUCAGGCGAGCAGAAGAUGCUAAAUCGUCAAGUGGUUAAAUCAGAAUCUGCUACCAUUAAGAUACCUGAACUGGAUUUUGAGAUUCCACCAGAGGCUCAGCGUGGUAGUCUGUCAACGGUGGAAGGGAUACUUAUGAGAGCAGCUGAUGAACUUCAGGCCCUUCAAGAGGAACGCAAAAAAGUGGCUCCAGAGACAGCUGAAGCAAUUGAUCAGUUCUUGGUGAAACUGCGAGCCUGUGCAACAGGAGAAUCAGCUAUCACCUUUAUUCUUGAUGAUCCUGCUGGAAACAGCUUCAUCGAAAACCCGUUUGCACCGUCAUCUGAUCCAUCUUUGACGAUCAAGUUUUAUGAGAGAACUCCUGAGCAACAAGCAUCAUUGGGAUACGUUGUUGAUUCCACACAGAUUGAAAGAACUCAUGUUGAUGCUUCCGAAGGGGGAGAAGCUGUGCCUACUGAUCAAGUAAGGAGAGAACCACAUGGAUCAAUAGGUGCGACAGCUGGCCAUCGAGCCAUUGCUCAGAGUAACAGUGCCGAAAUGGCUGAAGCCUUAUUUCGAUAUACUGCACCGGAAGAGGUGAUGACUUUCCCAUCUACUUGUGGUGCCUGUGCUUCUAAGUGUGAGACUCGAAUGUUUGUCACCAAUAUUCCUUACUUUCAAGAAGUAAUUGUUAUGGCAUCCACAUGUGAUGCCUGUGGCUACCGCAACUCUGAGUUGAAACCUGGUGGACGAAUUCCUGAAAAGGGGAAAAAAAUUACUCUUUCUGUGAAGAAUGUCAAUGACCUUAGCCGUGAUGUAAUAAAGUCUGAUACUGCAAGUGUAAAAGUUCCGGAACUUGACUUGGAGCUGGCAAGCGGAACCCUUGGAGGAAUAGUUACAACUGUUGAAGGUUUAAUCACAAGAAUUGGUGAAAGCCUUGAGAGGGUCCAUGGCUUUACUUUUGGAGAUAGUCUUGAUGAAAAUAGUAGAAGCAAGUGGAUAGACUUCAAAACAAGACUAAACAAGCUUCUUAGUUUGGAAGAAGCUUGGACUCUAAUUCUUGAUGAUGCAUUAGCCAAUUCUUUUAUAGCACCUGCAACUGAUGAUAUGAAAGAGGACAAACAAUUAGCAUUUGAGGAAUACGAGAGGUCAUGGGAACAAAAUGAAGAAUUAGGUCUGAAUGAUAUGGACACCUCUUCUGCCGAAGUUGGUUCUAAAACUGAGUGAACAUCAUGUGAUUUCCUCUCCUGAUAGUUUGAUAUCAUUGAGAGAGAAGAUUGGAAAAGUGUUUUGUAUUCAGCCUCAUUGGCUCAUUAACUUGUAUCAUCCUUCUACAAUAGUUCACCUCAAAGAUGUAACUUAUUGUGAGUUAGUAAGUUAAUUGUUUUCUAUGUUUCUUUUUCUGA